AUGGCUAACUCGACUCUGACUACUUUGGACUUGAAUGGCAACUCGAUCGGAGACGAUGGAGCUGUUGCGCUGUCGGAGGCACUCAAGACCAACUCGACUCUGACCACAUUGCUCUUGGCUGACAACUCGAUUGAAUACGAUGGAGCUGUUGCGCUGUCGGAGGCACUCAAGGCCAACUCGACUCUGACCACUUUGGACUUGAGUACCAACCCGAUCUAUGAGAACGGAGCUCAGGAGCUGUCUGAGGCACUCAAGAUCAACUCGACUCUGACCACUUUGCUCUUGAAUGACAACUGGAUCUGCGAGAACGGAGCUCAGGCGCUGUCGGAGGCACUCAAGACCAACUCCACUCUGACCAUUUUGGACUUGAAUAGUAACCCGAUCGGACCCUAUGGAGCUCAUGCGCUGUCUGAGGCACUCAAGACCAACUCGACUCUGGUCACUUUGAGCCUGGAGCGCAACUCGAUCGAAUCCAACGGAGUUGUUGCGCUGUCUGAGGCACUCAAGACCAACUCGGCUCUCACCGCUUUGAACUUGGCGGGCAACUCGAUCGAAUCCAUCGGAGCUGUUGCACUGUCGGAGGCACUCAAGACCAACUCCACUCUGACCAUCUUGGACUUGAAUAGUAACCCGAUCGGACCCUACGGAGCUCAUGCGCUGUCAGAGGCGCUCAAGACCAACUCGACCCUAACCACUCUGAGCUUGGAGCGCAACUCGAUUGGACCCAACGGAACUGUUGCGCUAUCCAAGGCACUCACGACCAACUCGACUCUGGCCACUUUGAACUUGUGGGGCAACUCGAUCGGAGAAAAUGGAGCUGUUGCGCUAUCUGAUGCACUCAAGACCAACUUGACCCUAACCACUUUGGACUUGCAGUACAACUCGAUCGGACUCAAUGGAACUGUUGCGCUGUCUGAGGCACUCAAGACCAACUCGAGUCUGACCACUUUGAACUUGAGUCUCAACUCGAUCGGAAACAACGGAGCUCAGGUUCUGUCUAAGGCGCUCAAGACCAACUCAACUCUGACCACUUUGAACUUGGAGCGCAACUCGAUCGGACCCAACGGAGCUGUGGCGCUGUCUAAGGCACUCAAGACCAACUCCACUCUGACCACUUUGAACUUGUGGGACAACUGGAUCAGAGAAAAAGGAGCUCAGGCACUGUCUAAGGCACUCAAGACCAACUCGACUCUGAUCACUUUGAACUUGGGGGUCAACUCGAUCGGAGACAACGGAGCUCAGGCGUUGGCUGAGGCACUCAAGACCAACUCGACUCUGACCACUUUGAACUUGUGGGACAACUCGAUCGGAUCCUAUGGAGCUCAGGCGCUGUCUGAGGCACUCAAGACCAACUCAACUCUGACCACUUUGGACUUGACCAGCCGCUCGACCGGAUUUAACGGAGCUCAGGCACUGUCUGAGGCACGCAACAUCAACUCCAUUAUGGGCGUCGUAUUUCAGUGA